UAUCAUUUUUAGUUGUUGCUUUGUUGCUUGUAGCUAUUUUGUUUUAUUAUAAAUUGAAUAAUAUUAUAAGAUCGGACAAUGGCUGAUGAAGAGUAUGAUGGUGAAGAUGCGGGAGCCGAUUAUGACGACAUUGCUGAGGAAGAUAAUAACAUUGAAGAGGUCGAAGAACAAGAGGAGGAUGGUUACAACGUGCAAUGCUUAGCGCCUGGACAAGCCGGUGGCGGAGUGGAGAAAUCAAAAAGAAUAACCACACGAUACAUGACAAAAUAUGAAAGAGCUAGAGUUCUAGGGACAAGAGCUUUGCAAAUAGCAAUGUGCGCACCUGUCAUGGUAGAAUUGGAGGGAGAGACUGACCCACUUCAGAUUGCAAUGAAGGAACUGAAGCAACGUAAAAUACCUAUCAUUAUUCGCAGGUAUCUUCCGGACCAUUCAUAUGAAGAUUGGAGUAUAGAUGAAUUAAUUAUUAUUGACCAUUAGUUUUAAAAUUAAGUGUUAUUUAUAAUAAGCUGAAAAAAAUCUGAAUGAUAAAUUUUUUUUUUCAUAAUAAAAUGCUAUCAUUGAAUUGUGACAUAAACCUCAUAUCACAUUAUUACAUUUAUUUACAUUUUUAAAAGUAAUCACUAAUUACUUUUAAUAAAUUCUAAUGUAAGUUAUAUAUAUGUCAAAAUGUAAAAUGAUA